AUGCCACUUAAUAUUGUUCCACCAUCUAAUUUCAAAUCACAAAUUAAUUCUGUUGAAAACGCUACACAUAAAUCUAAUUCUAUAAAUACAUUACCAGAUACGUUAAGAGAACAAAAUGGCGGUUGUUUACCAAUUUCUACCCAAUUAAAUGAACAACAUCCUUUGCAACAACAUUUAGAGAACUAUCAAGAUAAUGAGCAUGCCAGAACCAUGGAACAGUAUAGAGAAAUCUUUGGUAUUGCAGAACCAAUGAAACGUACUAUGGAAUUAAGUAUUGUGGAAAGGACAGAUUUCAACCCAAUCAAUGAAAAUCAUUUGCAUAGUGAUAUUUUAAGAAACAAGGAUUGUACAAUAGACUGGGAAGAUAUAUAUCCAGAUACCAUGGGCAAGAAUAUUCAUAAUAAUAUUAUGUUAGGUGAUUUGACACAUGGUGCUAUUGAAAAAUCCUUAGGACUUUAA